GUGCUUCUCUAAACCUCUCUGUGAAAGCUGCUACCCCUAAAAACGUUCACCAUCGUAAGCAUAAGAAGCAAUUUAUUGAGCCUGAGCCAUACCAGAAAGGCUUCCCGCCCAAAAGACGCAACCAUUCCUUUGUUCCGGUUUCAUCUUACCCGGCCACUGUAUCUUAUGAUCCUAACACAGUUGCAGAGGUGAGAAACCCUUUUGUAUCUAGCAGAAUAUAUAGAAUAAAUUAGAUGUCUUGCAAACAGCUAACACACAAUUGACUGGUUUGGUCACAGACUUCGGAACAACGCUGGCCAGCCAGGUCAGAGCUAACACGCAUUUGGUUGAUUUGGUCACAGGUUUUGGCACCACGCUGGCCAAUCAGGUCAGCUCUCUCAAUACGCUGAUUGUACCUAUGAUAGUAUGCCUUAAAAAGACUAUGAAUAUGCCCCCACAGUAAAAAAAACAGGCUAUAGUUUGUGUACAAUAUAAAAAAAAUUUAAAAAAAAUUAAAAAGAAAAUGCCACCGCCACCCAAAAAAACAAAAAAAUCUGAACCCUUAGGUGUGUGUGACGAUAGUAGUGACGAGGAACUAGAAUGGCCAUGCGAGGACGAUUACACAAGAGCAGUAAGCAAUCCUCAGGAUUUUGCACGUUUGUGUGCUAUACAUGCCAAAAUAUUCGAAGCCUGGGCCCAAUCUAUGCCUAGUGCUAGCGCUAGUGAAAGCAACAGUGAGAAAACACAAGAAUUAGAUAGUCCGUCCCCUGAACAGUUGUCACAUAAUGGUCCUUCAGACGUGUAUUCCAGCAAUACACCGUCCAAUACAGACGCUACACAAUCAUCAAAUACAGACCCCCCAGACAUAGAUCAGAGUAAUAAGAGACCUGCAUGUUUUCCGAGUGUUCAGCCGUCAAAACGAUCCUGUACAGAUGAACAGACCGGUCCCCAACCGUCCACAAGCGCUUAUAGUACCCCUCCAUCACCCACAGAAAAUCCUCAGGGUGGUGUGCAGUGUGGUGCGGGGCGCGUUUCUAAGGUAACAUCCGAAAUAGCAUCCAGACAGAUACCCCUUUUUAAUGCUGCUGAAUUUCGUCAAGAUGUCGACCUGCGAAAUAUUGAUUUGACUGAUAUCGGUAGUGUUCCUGAAAGGGUGUAUAGCACCUUAACAGAUUUAAUAGCGAGGGCUUUGGGCAAUGCAACACAGGACAGCGUUUUAAAUGUUGAGUUAAGGGGGCCAGCCGUAGAUGUCCCUAUCCAAACAAUGUUGAACUCAGGCGAUGGCUAUAACACAGACACAUUUCUGGAGCAAGUCGCACAAGCAAUGCAGAGUAACGAUAAUUCACUGACCGAUGACUCUUUAGAAUUAAUUGUGACAAUAGCGCGCAAUAUGUCGGGAGGGGGUGUCGGGAGACGUCGAAAACUAGGAAGCAUUGGUUACGAUCAAAUAUUGUCAGAAAAAGGUAAUGCUUUGUAUAACCCCAAGAAUAACGCUGGUAACGACAAUCUCUGCUUUUCUCUCUGCCUGGCACAUUAUGUAAAUAGCAGAUGGUCGCAUGAUGAGAAGAUGAAUUAUGCUAAGCAUCUGCAUAGUGAUUUGGGUUUUGACUACACACAUAAGGUUUCGUUCUCUGAUGUUGACAGAUUUCAGAAACAUUUGAAAAUGAAAAUUGUGAUAUUCCAUCAUGUAGCCGGAUGUAAAAAACCCACGAUCUUCAAAACGCACGACCAACCAGAUGUGAAAACAGCAUGGUUGUAUUUGCAUGACGAACAUUAUUAUCUCAUCGUAAAUAAAACGGCUUUUUUUGGGGCGUCGUACGUUUGCGAUGGGUGUUACAAGACCUACCAGAACCCUCUGGGGCACCUUUGUAGUUGGCUUUGUAAUGUGUGUUACACUGAUUGUAUACCUGACAAGACCAUUAAAUGCACAGGCUGUAAACGCAUAUGCAAAUCGCAACAGUGUUUUGAAAACCAUAAAAACCCGACGUGGAAACACGGGCUUUACACCCCCACUAUAAUCAAAUAUUGCGGAGUCCUGUCACGCGAACAUAUCGUGUGUCGAAAAAUCCACACAGCUGUAAAAAACCUAAAUGCCUACAUUGUAGAGAGCCUUUAG